AUGAUUAUCAGACCAGAUGUAUGUCAAUUCUCUGAUUGUGGGAAGAAAGUUGAUAUCAUAUAUCCGGUCUUUACCUUUGCUAGAAGAGGUUCACAUUUAUUCCAAUCAAGUGGAACUUCAGCCUUAUCUAAUUGGAUAAGCGAAAAGUUUAACCUAAUUUCACCAAUACCAGAAGAUCUGAUGGAGGAAGUCAAGGAUACAUCUAUUCAAAAAACAGAAAAACAUUUAUUUUGCGCUAAAUGCUCUGAAGAAAUUACUCCAGAUUUCCUGAAAAAUACUGUCUUUCUAUCCUGUAAAUAUGCCAUACACUAUGAUUGCAUUAAUAAUUCUCGAAAGAAGUGUUCUACCUGCCCAGUUAAAGAUUUGGGAGCAUUUCUAAUAGAAUCAACUACGCAAAGAAGGCAUUCUAAUGAAUCAUCCACUGAUAACACCUCAAGAAAGAAAGUCAAAUCUUCGGGAAGAGAUAACUCACAAAUAUUGAAAUGUUUUAUCCAGGAACUGUCAACUGAUAUUUUCGAAGAUGACAUAAUAUUAGAACUAGAUCCUCCUCCGCUUCUAGUACGAAUGCUUCUAUCGAUUUUCUCAAACUAUAUAAAGAUAUUCUUGAUGCUGAAGAUGCUAGCAAGAAAAUGGCUCAAGACUUAA